AUGGGCUUCAUGAAGCAAGGCAGCCAUCGUCCCCUCGGCAGGCGCCGCACUCUGCACGACUUGCGACAUGCAGCGCGCAGCCCUAAGCAACCUGCGAAUUCCGAUCAGACAUUAGUGCAAACAACAGACGCCUCACAGGCUCACGACGCCACGUCGCGACUGAAGAAACGUGCAAGCACCUUCGGCAUCAAAAAUGCGCUCACCAAACUACGCAUCAUCAAAAGCAGCGCUGCCCCCACGCCGCCAAUCUGGACCCAGUAUGAGCUUGUUAAACGUAUAGGCUCCGGUGGAAACGGCCUCGUAGAUCUCUGCUUCGACACAUCAGCCGACAUCCUCGUCGCAGUAAAGACUCUGACACUGCCAAACCCCGCCGCACCUCUAGCAGAAGCAACGAUUCUCCAAAACCUCGGCCGCCACGGUAACAUCAUCCGAUACUAUAACAGUGUCCUGAGUCCACCGCAUCCUUCUCGUCUACAAUUGAUCUUCGAAUACUGUCCUAGAGGCGAUCUACUGGAUUACCUGGAUACUUUAGAUGGCCCCAUCCCUGAACUAUUCCUUUGGCAUGUCUUCAAGCAUGUUGCUUGUGGUCUUGCUUUCCUGCACAGCCGCGGCGUGGUGCAUGGCGAUAUAAAGCCCGCGAAUAUCCUCCUCACCGCGGCGCGAGAAGGCGAGCGUUUCUCGUUACCCAAGAUCGCAGACUUCGGCGCUGCGUCAUGUAGUCCGCCACCGGAAAUCCCACGAGGACACCUAGGUACACCGUCCUUCCAACCACCUGAAGCAGACCAUCGUCACGGACCCGAAUCCGAUAUUUGGUCGUUGGGAUGCAUGAUCCAUGAACUGAUACUGGGUCGUGUACCUAUGCAGAAAGUUCGAGAGCUGGAGACCGAUGCCGAGACUUGGUUUGAGGGGAGCGGACGACGGAUACCGGAUGGUGUCGUUGAGUCUAGUCUCUAUAAGGAGUUCUGUUACUACCAGGCUUGCCACGUCGUUGAACGCACACGCAUUGAUUGCCCAUCUGACUAUACAACGAAAGUAUACAGUACCCUGCUAAACCACUUCAUGAUGCGAGCGCUUGACCUCGACUGGGAGAACCGCAUCACGGCCAGCCAACUGUACGACCUAUUACCUAAGCUCGAAGCCAUUGUGCAAGAUAUCCACAUCCUGGGCAACCCUGAUCUUCUCGAAAGCUUCGAGGACCGAGGGGACAUGAAUGGUCAAGAGGCCGUAUGCAUCACCGACUCCCAGAUGCUCCGACAACUGUUCGAGAGAUUGGCACGGCAUGCAGACUGGGCGAGCCAUCAGGAGAUGCGGAAGAGAGGGAUGCAAUUGCUGUUUGUUAUGGAGGAAGAGGAUCAUUUUGCGAUUUUCAGGGCGCUGAGGGAUGUAAGGGGCUUUUGGGGUAUGGAAUGGUGA